CAACUGAAGUUUUUCUGGACUUCGUGUUGACAUUCGAGGGGCGGUUCUGAAAUUACUAGUAAGAGUAAACGAACAUAUUUUUACUUUCAUAUACCUAAAUAUGAUUCGUUUCAUUCUCAUUCAAAACAGAGCUGGUAAAACUCGCCUUGCAAAAUGGUAUAUGAAUUUCGAUGAUGAUGAAAAGCAGAAGCUAAUUGAAGAGGUCCAUGCAGUAGUUACUGUCAGAGAUGCAAAGCAUACUAAUUUUGUUGAAUUCCGUAACUUCAAAAUAGUUUACAGAAGGUACGCCGGUUUAUAUUUCUGCAUCUGUGUGGAUGUUGGAGACAAUAAUUUGGCAUAUUUAGAAGCGAUACACAAUUUUGUAGAAGUACUAAACGAGUAUUUCCAUAAUGUCUGUGAAUUGGAUUUAGUGUUCAACUUCUACAAAGUGUACAGUGUCGUGGAUGAAAUGUUCCUUGCCGGUGAGAUACGCGAAACCAGCCAAACUAAAGUACUGAAGCAACUGUUAGUAUAUAAUUCAUUAGAAUGAACAUAAUUCCCUGUGUUUAUUUAUUCAUGCAUUGAUAGAUCUUCUGUUAAGAUGCAUUUCUCUUCAGAGAUUAAUUCGAGUUAAAAAUUAAGAAUUUCUGUUGUUUUUAAACAUUCUUGUAGAAUAUAAAAGACUCUGUUCAUAUUCCUGCAUCUGAUAAAAUUCUAUUAUGAAAGAUAAAAAUGUACCCAACUCUUUUGUAUGAAAUUUCUGUUUAUUUAUAUGUAUUUAGAUUUUUUAAUAGCAUGCUUAAAUUAUGAAUUCCUUUUAUUUAGCAAAGGUAAAAGAAAUGAUAUAAUUGAUGAAUUUGACAAUAAUAAAUGCCUGUAAUGGCAACAGUAUUCUUACUAAAUUGUUUCUGCACUUAGUGUUGAUAUUUAAGGAACAGUUCUGAAAUUAUUAAUUUGUGUAAUCACACAUUUUCAGUUUGACUGUCAAAAAUAAUUUUUAAAAAUUUACAUUCCAAUUUUACUUUUGUUAUUAAAGUGUGUGUACUAAUACCUGUGUUCAUAUGUAAAAUAUUUGUUUUUAAACUGCAAAAGAUAAUAUAUAAUACACAUAUUAUUCAUAUAACUGUGCAGAUGUAUUUUUGUUUUCACCAACUGUUAAUUUUUUGUAGAGGUGAAUAGCAAGAUUAUGUAUAAAUGUUUAUUAAAAGAAGUUUAACUGUCAA